GCUGCAGCCCCCCAGGCGGCCCCGGCUGCCCCCAAGGCUGCGGCCCCUCAGGCCAACUGCUUUGUCCACAAGAUCAGCUCCAACUCCUUCACGGUCACACCCCGCGGGCAGCCCCCCAGCGCCCGCGUCCCCGAGCCCGGUGCUGUCCCCGCCGGCCGCCCCGCAACGCCCAAGGGACCACCAGUGCCAUCCCCCAGCCCUUCCCAUGCCAGAGCCAACGCCAGGAGGCCAAAGCCGGAGGAGGCCGAAGCGGCCGUGUCGCCCCUGCCCAGUGCCAGUCCGGCCCCCAGUGCCACCGGCGCCGUUCGGCCGCUCUCCGCCUCAGCCCCCCGGGCCGGGGGCUCCUUCGAAAUCCACCCGGCCCCCAAGCCCGACUUGGCGGCCAUCCCGGCCCACGACCUGCAGGCACAGGCUCUGGCCAAGCUGCGCCUCAAUUCGCGCAAUUCCUUCGUCUUCGUGCCCCGCCGGGAGGGCAGCCCGGCCCAGAUUGCCAGGCCAGGGCCGCCGCCACCGCCCUCGGAGGAGAAGGCGCCCAAGGAGCCCCCGAGGGCUCCCGCCCCGGAGCAGGAAGAGCCCAUCACUUCCCCAGCGGCGCCUCUGGAACCCUUGGUACCUGUGACUUACAUCGAUGACAUUGUGGAGCCGGAGAGCGGGGAGCUGCUUCCCAGGGCUGGCCCGGCUGCGAGGACCGGGAGCUUGGCGGAUCAGCCCGCAGGAGCUGGCCCUGACCUGGAGAUGGAGUUUUCCUCCGUGCCCCUCUACAGACCACACUCUGCCCCCCAGCAGAGGGGAGGCAGCACCUUCACUGUCGUGCCCAAAAGGAAGCCCGUGGCCCCGGGGCUGCAGGCCGAUGCCAGCGGAAGGCCACAGCGGGAGGAAGAGGAGGAGGAGGAGGAGAGCAAAGGAAGAGGCAAAGCCGUGGAGAACGCUGAUGGGCCCCAAGUGGGCAUAUCCCACAAAAAGCGCUACCCCACAGUGAACGAGAUCGAAGUGAUCGGGGGGUACCUGUCUCUGGAGAGGUCCUGCAUGAGCAAGACGGGCUCGCGCCGCAAGAAGAUGAAGAUCUCUUUCAAUGAGACAAGCUUGCAGACCAUGUUUGAGUACCCCUCAGAGAGCUCCCUGGCAGAAGAAGAUGAGGAAGAUGAAGGACAUGCUUCUGAAACAGAGGAGGAAAAAUCUCAUACCUAUUACAUUCCACGCCCAAACAGCACUUUGCAUCCCAGUACACCUAACUCAGCAGAUUUAUCCAGCUACACCCCAAAGCACUCCGUGAAGUUCAGCGAGUGGCAGGAGCAGAAGUAUGAGGGUCCUGCUGCAGAGGGACCUGCAGCAAAGGAAGCUGAUUCCCCUGGGAACCAAGACAUGCUCACCCCGGCGGAGAAGGGCGGGCUCUCGGAUUUCAGCAGCGAGCCCGCGCUCUAUUUCUGAGGCUGCUCGGCGGUGCUGCAGCAGCGGCUGCUGGGCAGGACGGGGCAGUGCAGCCGCACGGGAACCGCACCGGAACGGCCCCAAAGCGCGGCCGGCCCCGGAUCCUGCUGCCAGGGGCGGACCGGAUGCUCUCGGCCAUCUUCGGAGAAUAUUUGCACUGGAUUUUGGGACCCAACUACUGCUUUCAAGGCGUAUGAUUGAUUCUGCCUGUGGCCUUGCAUAUUCCUUGUUCAAGAUCGGCUGCCGGUUAGGCACGUGUGGGAAGGAUAUCUGUAAUCCCGGGAUGGAUGUUGAUUUUUCUCAGUGCUUGUCUGAGUCCAGGCACUGUGCAGGGUCUGGACAGCUUUUGCAACCCUUUUCCCCGGUGGAGGAUGGCUCUGGAGUUGGAGCACUGGGCAGUUAGAUGGGUUCACAGCGUGACUGUGAUUUGACACAUUGGGUAUCAGUUUGGAAAACCAUGGUUUGUCCUUGGCAUGUUUCCAGCCCUGGUCUCACUGAAACAUCACGGAAUUCAUGUGCCAGUUACAUGCUUGUGGAGUUCACUGAACACCCCGAGGGAGGGAUGGGAACAGUUAUGAAUGCCUUUAGCUUUAGGUGUUAUUUUUGCACCAAUCAGUUGAGAAAUGUCCAGACUGUAUUGAGCUUCGUGAAGAUUCCCAAACGUUGGCCAUAGCCUUGGUCUGUCCUUCCCAACUCUGGCAUCCAGUCUCUGGGAAUUGCUGGUUGUGCUCCACUUUGCCAGCUCCUCCUGUUGCUUUAUUCCAGAUCUGAUUGAUCUCUCUUGGUUGCUUCCUCCACGCCACACUCUGCUCCUCUAAUCAAAGCACAGGAGGGCAGUUUCACUCCUUUCUUCUGCAGAACUUGAACAAGGAAUGUGGGUUAUUUUUGUUUUUUCUAGCAUUUUUAUAGUUCUGUUGUAAUUGUUUAAUGCAGCCAAUAUGCAAAGGAAUCUGCUAGAAUCUUGCAUUCAAGUUUUCUACUACUGUAAACUCAGGGUCAAAAUUGCACUCUGGAACAGAUGGAGCAGUGCUGCUAAUGUGAUUUGUACUUUGGGAUUAAAAGAGAUGUGAGAACAGAUCCAGCCUCUUUGGGCUUUAUGGAAUGAGUGGUACCCUGGUGUGGGGCAUGAUCCAAAGGAACAAGCUGGUAUCUUUGAUUAAAUUUGAUGGUUACUGGUUUGUCUAUUAUAGGUGAUGAAUGUCUGUUCAAGUGACACUAGUCUGUGAACUGAAAAUGCUCUGCAUACCUUGCACUUGGCUUGGUGUCUGUAGUAGCAGCAAGGGAAGGCUGUUCUGCUGAAAAACACAGGAUUAAAUGUUAGAACAUACCUACUUGUAGCUGUUCCCUGCUGCCCUGGGUGCCUAAAUACUUUUGGAAAAGUAAUGCAAAAAGGAAAAAAAAAAGAGCUACUCAGUAGUUUGUUAGAUGUUGGCUAUGGGGCCACAAAGAAAUAUUUUGCACCUCCUUGUCUGUUCCAAGCUAAUUUGAGAUCUGCUGCCUGUGUGACUUGUUGGGAGCAGGAUGUGUCUGCAGUGCAUCUGCCUGGGACAUGACACAAGGACCACGGGGUUCCAUGUGUUGAGGCUUUUUCCCUUAAUGAAAUAAUUCAGGAUAAGGUGCUGAGAUGAGGGUAGAAUGAGGGGGAAUGUGGGACUGCUAGUGACUGCUAGAUUUAAGGGGGUGAGUUUUCAGCACAGCAUUUCUAGCACAAAAGGUCUCAGUGAGCAGCUUUCCCUGUGGAAAAGCCCAGGUCAGUUUAAGGCAGCUCUGUUCCUCACACAGCUGCAGGUGGUAAAGCAAAGCUGCUUUCAACUCAAGUUAGGGACAAGGGGUCUGAACUAGCUCUGGCUUGGUUCUCCUGUGGAUCCAUGAGGAAUGCUAAAGCCAACAGUGUCCUGCAGCUCAAACACUGCUCUGGUUCUCGUGUGAGUUAACUGUGUGCCUGCAGCCCAGUGGGCAGGAUGGCUCAGGAGUGUGCGAGUGCAGUGUGCUGCUGGCUCUGCUCCUUCUCCCGCGAUCCUGCUCCACCCUGGAGCUGCGAUUCACACCUCUCUGAGCCCUCCUUUGCACUUCCCAGCUGGCUCUCAUCCCUGCCCAGGUACUCGGCUGCCUCCAGGCAGAGCAGGGUGAGUGCUGUCCCGAGGGCAGGAGCAUCAGCUGAUGGGUCACCUCCUGGGAUGUGCCUGGGGAUGGCUGUGCUCAAAACGAAAGGCAUUUUUUGUAAAUGCCUACCCUGAUCUGUAGCAUUCGAGGAUCAACUUCAGUGGAUCUCUAAUACCAAAGCACAUCUGAAUGGAAAAUUUACUUCUGCAAAGCACAGGCUUUUAUUGAAUGUGGCAUCCUUGCACCACAAGAGCAGCUCUCUCUGGCCAACAGGACUUUCCAGGCUGAAGAAGUUUAGGAACGCUUUCGACGGACUCGUCCUACUGAAGCGCUUUGUGGCUCAAUGGCUUUACCAAGAUCCCCCAUUUCCUCCUUCAGGACAUCUAGCAGUGUCUGAGAAUUGUCCAGUAU